AACUACGUAACUAUGCGAAAAGGGAACAAGUUACAAAUUACAAGAAACGGUUAACAAAAUCUAAACAGUUAACUUCCUGCCAGUCGUCGAUAACUCUUAUAUGACGUCAUCAUUAUUAUUGAAACAAGUUUGUCGAAGCAGUCUCAAGUGCCUCGUCUCAGUCAUCUCAUCUCAAGUAUUAACCACGUCACUGAGCGAUUGUUCGGACGUGUGACUCCGUUAAUCUUUUCGUGUAAAGUUACUUAUUAAUAUUAUACUUUCAAUUAUAUUCAAAUCAAUAAAUAAUUUACAAUAAGAUUUCGAAAUCAACAUAGUGAUCAAUAUACCAAUUUAUUGAAUCAAAAAUUGCAAAACGCGAAAGGAGUUUGGCUCUAAUUAAAACUUUUUCGCGAUCACCAAUAGCAUUCGUAAUUAGAACUAAACGCAAGAACGAAUUGUCAUAUUGUCAGAGAAAUGACAGCAUCAACUUAUGUUGAAACUUGAAACCAGAGUUUUAUUUCGCCGAAAUGAUUAAAGUAAUGGAGCCCAAGAAGCAGAUAUACACACAAAAAGAGAAGAAAGUAUUUCUAGAAAUAUUGAAGAGUUAUUCUAAAGUUGUUGAAAGUAAACACGGCCACAGUUCGGCUCUGAAAGCCAAGAACUUAGCUUGGCAAAAAAUAGCUGCCGAGUUCAACGCAAACCCGCAUACUGAAUUGCAUAGAACACCACAACAACUUCGAAGAUUAUGGCUGAACAUAAAGCAUCGCCAACGAGGAGAACUCGCCAAAAAACAGCAUCACAUACCCAUUGGAUCUGUGGGUGAACUAUCCAGAAACAAUGUGUUGCAGAUAGCACAUGCACUUAUAACUGGCAUUGAUAGUUCUGCAGACUCCGAUCUUGUUCUAGAAAAAUUAACAGACAAUGACCCACUCCAAUCAGUUCAAUCAGAAUCAAGUCUGUUUUUAAGCGAGGACUCUCAAAAUACUUCCGAACAAGAAGCUUCAGCAUUGAGGACUGUGAAAAUGGAACCGAUGUCACCAAUCAGUGGCGCAUACAAUGCAGACGCUAUUUCAACGCCUAUAGUUAAUCAAAACCCACCAGAUGUACCCAAUAAUGUACAGAAGGAAAAUCAUUUAGAUCAAGACAAUAAUGCUCUGCAUCGGAGUAUGGAACUUGAGCAGUUGGAGAUUGAGCUCCUCAGAGAGAAAGUAAAGGGUGAAAGGCAGGAAAGUAAAAGCAGGGAAGCCCAUAAUGCAGCGAUGCAUGAUUUGGAAAUUCAGAUUUUAAAAGAAAAACUAAGAGAGGCUAAAGCGAAAGCUGACUUGGCAGAGUUGAACUUGAAGAGACAAAAAUAUCGAGAUGAUUGAAACUUGGAAUUAAAAUGAGGAUGGGUGAUAAUUUUAAGAUAGAAGUAGUUAUAAUUCAAUAU